AUGCCUUGUUGUCAGACAAAUUGUAUUGAGAAACUUCUCGGGACAGCUUUUAAGAAGCUUGGAUAUACUGUAGGCAAAAAUCCCUUGUGGUUCCUCACAAUUCCUCUCCUUAUUUCUGCAGGACUGGGCACAGGUUUUUAUUUUUUACCGGUACGAGAAGCCAAUGAUUUGGAAGAGCAAUUUACACCCAUCAGUGGGCCAGCAAAGUCUGAGAGAGAGUUUAUUAAACAACAUUUUCCAACCAACGAUUCUGAAUCCUUCUUCGCACAGAGGCUUUACACAGAGGGGACGUAUGCUUCCUUUAUUGCUGUAUCGAAAGAUAACAACAUCCUUACCAUAGAUGCAUUUAAAGAGAUUAUAUCACUUGAUGAAAAAGUGAAGCAGCUUAAUAUUUCUGACAAUAACAAUGUCAUGUGCAACUAUUCUUCUCUCUGUGCACGGAGAACAGGCACUUGCGUUUCAAAUACAAUUUUAGAGUUGUUCAAGCAGAAUAUUACUUUGACUUAUCCAAUAACGAAUGGGGUUUUUAUUGGUUCAACUGUUGGAGGUGUAACGUUAAAGCCAAAAAUCAAGAUCAUAGAAAAAGCAAAGGCAAUCAAACUUGACUAUUACUUACAAGAAGAUAAUGAAGAAAUGAAAGUGAAAAGUUUGCUGUGGGUCAAAGAGUUCCUUUCUGUCUUUCCAAAGGAACUGAUGAACCAGAAGAACAUUGAGGUGUCUUACUUCACAUCAGUAUCAAGACAAGAAGAAUUUGAGGGAAAUGCUGAAAAAAUUGUUCCUUUGUUCUCAAUCACCUAUUUUCUUUCAAUCUCUUUUUCCAUCACAUCUUGCAUGAGGUUUGACUGUGUGAGGAAUAAAGUCUGGGUUGCUGCUCUGGGAGUUAUAUCAGCUGGAUUCGCUGUACUAUCAGGAUUUGGAUUGCUGCUGUUUUGCGGGAUGACAUUUGCCAUCAAUACAGCCAAUGCACCAUUUCUCAUUCUAGGUAUCGGUGUGGACGAUAUGUUUGUCAUGCUCGCCAGCUGGCAAAAGACAAAAGUUCAUGCGAAAGUUGAAGACCGUUUGGCAGAGACGUACGCUGAUGCAGCUGUUUCCAUCACAAUCACCACUCUGACUGAUGUUUUAGCCUUUUAUAUUGGCAUUGCAACACCUUUUCGAUCUGUGCAAUCAUUUUGUGUUUACACUGGUACAACUGUUCUGUUCUGCUUCAUUUACAACAUUACAUUUUUUGGAGCUGUUCUUGCACUGAAUGGGAGAAGAGAAGCCAGUAACAGGCACUGGCUGACAUUCAGAAAGGUUGAAAAAGUUUCUAAACCAGGAGCAUCUACUUUCAAUACAAUGUGUUGUGUGGGUGGGGCUUAUGAUCAAGAAUCAGGUGCAGAACCAGAACAUCCAGUCUACUACUUCUUUAAGGAAUAUUAUGGUCCAUGUCUUACAAAUAUAUGGACAAAGGUAGCUGUGGUUCUCCUGUAUUUAGGAUAUUUAGCUGGCAGUAUUUAUGGCUGUUUACAGAUUAAAGAAGGAAUUGAUCUCAGAAAUCUGGCCUUUGAUGAUUCAUAUGUGAUUCCAUUCUAUGAUGAUGUAAAUGAUUUUUUCUCAGAGUAUGGACCACGAGUCAUGGUCAUUGUCACUGAAUCUGUAGAUUACUGGAAUUCCACUGUGCAGAGUGAUAUUGAAACCUGUAUGGGCAGAUUUGAAAACCUCUCAUAUGUAGAUCGUGAACUGUCAGAGUCCUGGCUUCGUGCCUACAUUGGGAUUUAUGGAAAUGGCAUCAUAGAUAUAAACAAGGAAAAUGUGUUCAUGGAAAAUUUAACUCAAUUCCUUCAGCAUGCCUCUUUAUUCAAACAAGAUAUUGAUUUUUCAGAAAAUAAGCAAAGCAUUAGCGCCUCACGUUUUUUCAUUCAGACCACAAAUGUCAAUAGUUCAGUUGCUGAAAAAAACAUACAGACUGAAUUAAGAAAGCUAGCAAAGGAAUGUAGAAUUCCUUUGCUGGUGUAUCACUCUGCAUUCAUCUAUUUUGAUCAAUAUCUUGUUAUAAUAUCCAAUACAAUACAGAAUGUAGUUGUGGCUGCUCUUGCUAUGCUAUUUGUUGCCUUAUUGUUAAUACCUAAUCCAGUCUGUUCUCUGUGGGUCACACUUGCUACUGCAUCAGUUUUAGUGGGUGUGGCUGGGUUCAUGGCUUUCUGGGGUGUCAACUUAGAUUCUAUAUCAAUGAUUAAUCUGGUCAUCUGUAUCGGCUUUUCAGUGGAUUUUUCAGCUCACAUUUCCUAUGCAUAUGUUUCAAAUGAUAAAGGAAGUUGCAAUGAACGAGCUAUUUAUGCAUUGUAUGCUCUUGGGUAUCCCAUCAUCCAGGGAGCUCUUUCAACCAUACUGGGUGUUGUUGUGUUGGCUGCUGCAGAAAGUUACAUAUUCAGGACAUUUUUUAAAAUCAUGUUUCUUGUCAUAUCUUUUGGGGCCAUUCAUGGUCUUGUAUUUCUGCCAGUGUUUCUGACUUUUUGUGGAAACUGUGGAAAAACAGACAAGGACACAAAUACAGCCCAAGAAAAGUCAGAUAGGCAGAAAAACAAUGUGUAUGUGAAUAAAGUAUAUGAAAGUACAGAGCCCAGGAACCGAAAUCGAAAAGAAAGAUCUUCAGGAGAGGAUGAAAUGGACUGUCCAUAA